AUGUGCACCCUCGAUGCACCUUUCUUCUCGCCCACCCUCCACUCGUUGAUAUCGAUGGAUUAUCGGGGGUUUGGAUACUACUGGUGUGAUAUACGUACGAGUCAACUAUCAGUCAGGCGGUUAGCAGUCCGGAUGAAACACGGGAAGAAAUUCGAAGAGGCCGUGGUCGUCAUCACGUUUCCCCAUCUCCUCCUCCUCCUCCUGGCAGCAAAAGUCAACGCGCAGAAGUACUGGUUCAGCUUCGGCGACUCGUACACCCAAACUGGCUUCAUUACCAAUGGGACGGAGCCAGCUGUAGGUAACCCGCUCGGAAAUCCUCCGUACCCAGGAUACACAGCGACCGGAGGCCAGAACUGGGUGGACUACGUCACGACGGUGGAUAACACCUCUCUUGUCCUGACAUACAACUUGGCGUACGGAGGUGCUACGAUUUCUGCUGAGCUGGUGGCGCCCUACGAGCCUACCGUCUUGUCGCUCACUGACCAGGUCAACGAGUUUCUGGAUAGCUACGCCUUUACGAGGGAGCCACCGUGGGAGAGCACAAACACGCUGUUUUCGGUUUGGAUAGGGAUUAAUGAUAUUGGGAAUAGUUAUUACCUUGGAGGUGAUCGGGAUGCCGAUGUUGGGGCGAGGAACUUUUUAUUCGUGAACGUUCCGCCAGUUGAUCGUUCGCCGUUGAUGCUUGCUCAGUCGACAUCAGCGCAAGCUCUGGAAAAGUCUGUGAUCGAGGGCUUCAACAGCAAGCUUACGGUUCGUGUGGCUUCUCUGAAAGCCAACCAUAGUGAUGUUACGACCUGGAUCUGGGACUCGAACGCUGCGUUUACGGCGAUUUUGGAUGAUCCCACUUGCUAUGGUUUCGAAGACGCGACGACCUACGGAGAUGCGCCAGAUAUCUUCUGGGGCAACAAUUUACAUCCGUCAAGUUACGCGCACGCUUAUUUCGGUCAAGACGUCGCAACGGUUCUUGGAGGAUUCAUUUAA